AAAUUAUGUCUAUUUUAACACAAACUUCAUCCCACAAAGUCCAGAGGAGAGAUAAAAGAAUCCCGACUGUUAAAAGUUUAGACUGUCCAGUUUGCAGCUCUACUACACUAUACUCUAAUGGCGGAAGAACAGCGGCAGCAGCAACAAGAAGAUGAACAAUCUCAAUCUUUCGCAGAAAUCGAGGCGCAACCACAGAACGGAGAAGCCGUUGAUAAUCAAGGUCAAGAAUAUUCAUGGCCGGAAAUUAGGUUCGAUGUUCUACCUUACCGAAGCUACCAUUUUCAUCGCCAAUUUCGCUCCCCUUUUAACCCUAACAACUUCCUCAAAUCCGUCAAAUGGUCGCCGGAUGGUUCUUGCUUCCUUACCAGUUCUGAUGAUAAUGCUCUUCGCCUCUUCUCAUUGCCUGAUAAUGAAAGCGAUUUUCCUGCUGGAUCUCUUCCUUCAGGUCCUGAUGAAGAUUCAUAUACCGCCAACCUUGUAAUAAAUGAGGGAGAGUCUGUGUAUGACUAUUGUUGGUACCCUUACAUGUCUGCUUCAGAUACGACUAGCUGUGUUUUUGCAACAACAACUCGUGACCAUCCUGUUCAUCUUUGGGAUUCAACUACUGGUGAGCUACGAUGUACAUAUCGAGCUUUUGAUGCUAUGGAUGAGAUUACUGCAGCCUUUUCGAUUGCUUUCAACCCUACUGGAACCAAGAUAUUUGCUGGGUACAACAAAACACUGAGGGUGUUUGAUGUACAUCGCCCUGGCAGAGAUUUUAAACAACAUUCAACUCUUCAAGGAUCCAAAGAAGGGCAGUCUGGUAUCAUCUCCGCAAUUGCAUUUUCUCCAGCUAAUUCUGGCAUGCUUGCUACUGGUUCUUAUGACCAGACUACUGCCAUAUACAGGGAAGACAAUAUGGAACUCUUGUAUGUUUUGCAUGGCCAAGAAGGUGGGGUUACACAUGUACAGUUCUCAAAGGAUGGCAACUAUUUGUAUACAGGUGCUCGAAAGGACCCCUACAUAAUGUGCUGGGAUGUGCGCAAUACUGUAGAAGUUGUGUACAAGUUAUAUAGAUCAACAGAAAAAACCAAUCAGCGAAUAUCAUUUGACAUUGAGCCCUUUGGUCGACAUCUGGCAACAGGUGGAGAGGAUGGUCUGGUGCACAUUUAUGACCUGCAGACUGGGCAGUGGACUUCCAGUUUUGCAGCUGCAUCAGAUACCGUGAAUGGCUUUUCCUUCCAUCCGUUCCUUCCAAUGGCUGUCUCUUCAUCAGGACAUCGAAGGUUCGGGUUUCCUGAUGAUGCCGAUGAUGAGGAAGUUGUCACCAUAAACAGUAAUGAGAACUGUGCUUCUGUUUGGGGCUUCUCAUACAAUUCUGCUGCAGAAAACGUGAUGAGCAUCAACGAUGCAGAUUCAGUUGCGUAGAGGCGAGCAGGUGACUCUACACUUGCCAUUUUCUGAGAGGCAUGAAAACUAUUUAGGGUUGUUCAAUUUUCACGAAACCUGAACUAGCUAGAUAUCGGUUUCAUGUAUGAUUAACAUUUUUCAUUAGCCUAUUGUAGUUUGUGAAUAUGUAGAGCAUGUGUAGAGACUGUACAAGUACCAUUUCUUGUUUGCUAGAUAGCUACCCCUUUUAAUCAUGGUCGGAAAUGAGCCUCAUUGAGGAUCGGCUCGCAAUUUUGAACUUUGAAGUACAUUUUGUUGAAUCAAAUUUUACCAACCUUUCUGAUAGUUUGUCUUGGUGA